AUGCACUGGUCCGCCAUACAGCUUGUUGUGAUAUCGCCCACGCUACUGCUGCUACUGACCUACCACCUGACAGACGAGUCUCCGCGCUGGCUGAUGACUUCGUGGAAGUUCAAGGAUGCUGAGCGGGUUAUCCUCUGGGCGGCUAGGAAGAACGGACUCCCGGAGCUGAACAAGGUGCGCCCAGCGUACUUCAGGGUCAAGGAGAGCGCCGUCUCGCGUGACGGGUUCACCGACAGGCCCACCAUCUUCAACAUCGUUAGCUCACCCCAGUUGCCAUCCCGAUCGCUUAUCGUUUGUGGUGUUGGUUGGUGGGUCAUCUUUAACUGCUACUACAGCAUAGCUCAAUACAAAUCGUUCGGAAGCGGUGCCGUCUACUUCUACAUAAUGAUCGGUAUCGCCAACAUGGUCACUCAGACCGUCAACUACUCGUACUUUGUCCUGAGGGGUUACGGCCGCCGGAAGCCGAUGUCGGCCUACAUGCUGGGGAUGUCGGUUUUGCUGACGUCACUGGCGCUAUUGGUGGCUCUGGGGAUAGAACUGGCGUUCGCGAAAGUCGCUGUCCCCACCACUUUCCUGGUGGAAGUGUCGUUCGCAACCAUGUUUGUGUUUACCGUCGAACUCUAUCCGACAGCGGUGCGCAGUGCUGGCGUGUGCGGCGCUUUCCUGUUCGAGCGCCUAGGCGGCGUCUCAGCGUCGCUUUUCAGCGACCUGCGACUUAUGGAUCCUCCCAUGGACAGGCUGAUCCCCAUGCUCGUCAACGCGGUCGUGUUCUUCACAUUAGGUUUGCUGUUGCUCUGGUUGCCAGAGACGUUGUCCACGAGUACAACCGACACCGGUCAGGAGGCUGCGCAAAAGGACAUGUGGAGGUUUGACUCACUGCUUAAGCGGAAGAAGAAGAGCAGACAGGUUCCCAGGAAUCGCAUCGCUCCAAAACUUGAGCGAUAG